CAAAAUAAUAACAAUCCUAAUAAAUUUCAAUCACAAACACGGGGAUCAGGGAUCGUUAAAAGAGAAAAACACCUAAACAAUCACGAAGACUUAAAUUUUCAUCAUUCUUUCGGCCCACAACAGCCAGAAUGACACAAAACAAUUUCCUUCCGUAUCUUAAAGUGUGCACAAAAUAUGGCGUGUUAAGAUUGUUAAUAGAUACCGGAGCCAAUAAAAAUUAUUUAUCUCCAGAUGUUGUACCUACUGAAAUUAUGCAAAAUGGACCCGCUUCAAAAGUGAAAAACAUUUACGGAACUUUCAAUAUAAACAAACAUGUGUUUAUAAAUAUGUUUCCGGAAAUUUUAGAAAAACCCCAGAAAUUUAAAAUUUUUAAAUUCCACGAAUAUUUCCAUGGCCUCAUCGGUUAUGAAACCAUGGUAGACCUUGGUGUCGUUAUUGAUACGGCGGCCAAUAAUAUCAUCGUGAAUGGAUAUACGUUUUCUUUACAUAAAAAAUAUCCAGACGCGAUUAUUGUAAAUUUCCAUGAACACCAGUCAGCAGUUCAUAAAAUAACAGUACCCGUGUGCCAGGGGGACUUUGUUUUGAAUAACGACGUGGAAGUAGCCGAGGAUGUCUUUAUUCCGUCUGGUUUAUACUACGCGUCCAAUUUCAAAACGUGUGUUCCACUGAUUAACAUUAAACGGGACACCAAACAGUGUAGACUAUUUGCCAACUAUGUGGAUGCUAUCUCCAUGCAUAUGGAAAUAGACAAUUUUGAGCUUAUAAAACAAAGGAAAGAGUUUAGGGGUUCUCAUAAAAUUGAAUCAAAUUUAAGACUCGAACACCUCAAUCAUGAGGAGAAAUCCAAAUUAUUAAAAGUUCUAUCGAAAUACGAUGUCUUUUACGAAGAAGGCACCGAUUUGACUUUUACGAACGUAGUCAAACAUCGGAUCAGAACUACAGAUGACAUUCCAGUAUAUACGAAAAGUUAUAGAUACCCUUUCAUACACAGAGAAGAGGUCCAAAAACAAAUUAAUGAAAUGCUUGAACAAGGUAUUAUUCGUCCUAGUUCAUCUCCAUGGUGUUCACCGAUUUGGAUAGUUCCAAAAAAGGUGGAUGCUUCAGGAAAGCAAAAGUGGCGCCUGGUAGUAGACUACCGUAAACUCAAUGAGAAAACGGUUGACGACAGGUACCCUUUGCCUAACAUUACUGACAUCCUAGAUAAACUUGGAAGAUGCCAGUACUUCACUACAUUAGAUUUAAAAUCUGGUUUCCACCAAGUGGAGGUUCACCCGGAUGAUAUUCCGAAAACUGCAUUUUCGGUUGAGCACGGUUUAUACGAAUAUCUGCGUAUGCCAUUUGGGCUACGUAACGCACCUCGUACCUUGAUGAGGUUGCUUGAUCAUGUUCUCCGUGAUCUUGUAGGAAAUUGUUGCUUAGUUUAUAUGGAUGAUAUAAUCAUCUAUUCAACAUCUCUACAAGAACAUUUAGAGAGCAUCGAAAAAGUUUUUAAGGCAUUGCAAAAUGUCAAUUUGAAAAUUCAACUCGAUAAGAGUGAAUUUUUAAAGAAAGAAGUUGGAUUUUUAGGCCACAUAGUAACUGAAAACGGCGUCAAACCCAAUGCUGAUAAGAUUAAAGCUAUUCAGAAUUGGCCGGUUCCUAGGAAUCAAAAAGAACUAAAAGGAUUUUUAGGUAUUCUUGGUUACUACAGAAAAUGGGACACUAUUGGAACGAUCUGGAAAUGGAUUGCUGGGACUCCGGACGCCGCAGACCUUCAAGUCAUCAACAGUACCAUGAACGACCUCAUUGAUCAAAACAAUCAACAAUUUAAAGUUAACGAGAACAUCGACAAGCGUAUUCAGCACCUGACUAACGCCAUCAAGGAAGUUAUGUUACAAGCGAAUUUCAACAAAAUUAUGGUAAAUGACAUUGAAAUCAUCACCGCAAUUAUGAAUACAGACAUUCUGAACAAAAUGCUCGAAGACAUCCAAGAUGCCAUCAUGUUAUCGAAAUUAUCGAUAACACAUAACAGAAUAUUGUCGAUUCGAGAAAUUUUGGCGAUCAGAGAGUUAAUCCAGGAUCAAGGAGUAAACUUAAAUCUGCCCGAUGAAGCUUUACAGUUUGUCACACCAAAGUUUGUAACCAGCUCUAAAAUGCUUCUGUACCUUAUGCACGUUCCGUUACUGGAAAACUCGACAACAUCGGAUAUUAUGCGAAUUUUUCCACUCGUAACAAAUAACCGCAUUUUGUACCAAUACCCAACGCACAUCUUGAAAACCGCCAGUAAAUUGUACAUUACUGAAAAACCAGACAAUUUUGUUCAGAAAGCAGCCUAUCUAAAAGAACUUAAUGAUGAAUGCUUAGCAUCCCUCAUUGAUGGAAAACAAACCACUUGCCGUUAUGUGGUACAGAAUGAGACAUCCAAGGAACUUAUUAAUGAUAAUACGAUAUUGAUCAGAAAUGCAAAAGAUCAGACGCUAGAAUCAACUUGUGGUCCAGAUAACAGAACCAUAAAUGGAAAUGUUCUCAUUUCAUUCACCAAUUGUACCGUUAUAUUCGACAGAGAAAACUUUACGAACAACGAACUUGAAAAUCCAAUCGAUAUCAUCGAAAGAGCUUUCCACAAUUUAAAAAUCAAUUGGAAACAACACAAAUUAUAUGAAUUGGAGAAAAUUAAUGCUGAAACUAUUUCUAACCGGAAAAGGCUUGAUCACGUUUACCUGCAACAAUACCACCUGGAUUUGAGAUUUUGGAAAUUGAUCGGAAGCUUCUCGUUCAUUGGCACUGCAACGGGAGGGGGUAGUUAUCGACAGGUUGACGGAAGCGCAACACAAAUUAGCAGAAACACUGGCUUCCCUAGAAACAGCGACAACAUCAUCAGCACCAUCUUAGCUGAUUCGACAAUUAAUCGUUCCCAGGACUACGUGACCGGACGGUGGGGCAUCGGAUUGCAGAACCAACGUGUGAACGGGAGUUGUGCAGUGAAAGAUAAUGUUGAAUAA